AUUCUGGCAAAAUUUUUACUCUCAUCUGAUAGAUGACACCAAAACCAAGAAUAUAUAUGAAACAACCCCAUGGUGUAAUAUUUUCUAGUUAUUUUUCAAAGUGAAAACUUUUAUUGAUGAUAACGCACUGUAUGAUAUUUUGUUUUGUUUAAAAAAAAAGCAGACAAAAGAAAGAAGAACAGCGCCAUCACGAUCCGGCCGUCGUCGUCAUCGAUCAUCCUCAAGAGCUAUCUAUGUCCAGACCAGAGACGAGUCAAAGAGAUUGGACAAAAAUAAUGCCAUCAUACAUGGAGAAGACAGAAGCUUUUGAAUUUUCCUGAACUUGAAAUAUAUGGAAUUUGUUGAUGGGCUUCUAGACUAUCCACCAAUUGUUCUCUCUACAACAGCGAUGGUUCCAAGACAUAUUCUGAACUCAGCACAUCGCUUUAAUGCUAGUCAGUUGAGCAACCACCAGUCUCUUAUUCAAAGAAACCACAGGGCUUUAAGUUUUCAUCCAUGGUAUAACCUUUCUCCAACUUCAUGGACCUGGUAUAAUAAUCCAUUGUUCUUGAAUUACUUGCAACAGACACAACAGCGAAUGCCCAUUCAUGCACAGAUUUGUCACCCUUUGCGUACUCCACAUUACUCAUCAUACUACAAUGAAAGGAUGCCAGGGUCUAUGAAUAUGGAGCGUUCAUCGGAAAUGGAUCCUCAGCGACGCCGUACAUCUCCAGGCUUUCAUCCAUACUCGAGAUCAAAUCUUUCAAACACACGUGAAAUGGACCCUUCAGAACAAGCUUCAUCAAGGAAGAGUAAUAAAUACAACUCAAGAACUUCCAGCAGUCAGGGUUUCACUCAGGCUAAUUGGCCCACAAGAACAGAAGAUUGUGAGUGGAGAAGGGGUCCCAGGAAGAAUGAAUGCACACAGAAUCAAGUCAGAAAUAUGCAGAUUGAUUGGCCCAAACACUUGACAGUUACCUUCAGUCGUAAUCGAGCUAGCAGUAAAUCUGUUUCUUUUGAGCCAGAUUCCAAGAAGACAGCAGAGAACACAGCCCCUGUACAUCAUCCUAGGUCUCAUAGUCAACCAUGUAGCGGGUCAGCACUACCUCCAAACCUUGCUUUUCAACCAUCUUGCAAUUUUCAUUCAUCCACAGAAUCACGGCAAGCCUCCAAGUCAGGUACAGAUUCCACGAGCACCUAUAGGAAGAGACUAUGGUUCAAUGUACCUCAGCAGAGGGGCAACCCAAGUUCCAAGCUUCCGGGCAAAUGUUGUGAGUUUUCCAUUGUGUCUUACAACGUCCUAGCACAGGGUCUCCUGGAUACAAACUAUUACCUCUACAGGCAUUGUGAUCAGGAUAUCCUCCUGUGGAACCAUCGUAGACAGAGAAUCCUGGAAGAGAUCCAAAAAGCUGAUGCUGAUAUAAUUUGUCUACAAGAAGUUGAAGAAAGGCACUUCCAUGAUUUCUUCUAUCCUGCUUUACAGGCAAGAGGUUAUGCAUCCAUUUAUAAGAAGAGAACUGGGGACAAAGAAGAUGGAUGUGCAACGUUCUACAGAAUGAACCGCUUCUAUGAAGUCUCUCACACCAAGCUGGAGUAUCAACGUGGCAUCGGACUGAUGGACAGAGAUAAUGUAGCCAUCGUGGUCAUGUUACAGCCAAGGGGAAUGACCUCAUCCCAUAAGCUAUGUGUUGCUAAUACACAUCUUCUGUGGAACCCUCGUCGUGGGGACAUCAAGCUGGCACAGUUAGGUUUGCUAUUUGCAGAGAUAGAGAGACUUUCUAGAACCAACCACAGGUCUAGAAAAAACACCUAUCAUCCUGUCAUCCUGUGUGGUGAUUUUAACAGCGUUCCGCACUGUCCUCUUUACAAGUUCAUCAAGAAUGGUCAGGUGACCUAUGAAGGUCUGGCCAGUGUGGAGGUAUCUGGUCAGGAGCUUGGACGGGCAAAGAUUCCCUUGAGUAGCCCACUCUGGCCCAAGGAACUGGGAGUGACCCCACACUGCCGUUAUGCGGAUGCUGGAAUGCAAUCAUCUAGAAAUCCAGGUGGUACUUCAAGACGAACUAGACAAUCUUCAAGAGAUCAUCCAGCCAAUCAAGAUAUUCAAAUCGAUGACAUCGAAGGCCAACUCGUCCAUCCUUUCCUCUUCUCUUCUGUCUAUGAUCAUAGCCAUGGAAAUACUGAAGUCACCACCAAUCAUUCAAAAACUAACUGUACGGUAGAUUAUAUCUUCUACAGUAAACAUAUAAAGGAAGGUAGUACAUCAAAACAUCUAGGUACAUCAAACUUCUCAGGUGAACUUUCUCUUGUUGGACGUCUGAACCUUUUCACAGAUAGUGAAGUUAGCGCCAUGGGAGGGCUUCCUAAUUUGAAUUGGGCAUCUGAUCACCUUUCCCUCCAAGCAACUCUACGUCUAACUCCAGUGGAAUGAAUAGACCCUUUGCUUUUUAAUCAUCUUUCCUGACACACCAAUGACUGUUAUUUUCAUUUUGGAGAGGUUUGUGUGCAGUGCUGAAAGUGAAUUGUUGUGAAUGAAGUAAGUGUAAAUUAUUAUUUCUAAGAUGUCCUAAACAGCCUUAACCCUUUGCGUGCGGGCCCACGAAACCGGAUACCUCUCCCUGCGGCGGAGCCGUUUUUGUACAUUGCUGCUAUUUUGAUCUGUGGCGGUGUUUUCAUAAUCUAUUGCUAAUUGCGCCAAACUGAAGUAUUUUCAGGAUUUUUAGUAAAUGUAAAGAUGAAAGAUCAGCCUUUUUUCUUUCUAGAAUUAAAGGUCUCGCUUCUCAAAUCAACAGAAUAGUUAAGAAAUUUACGAGGAAAAAGUCGUGUUAUUUUGUAAUUUCUUCAUAUUUUCCCCAAGUCAAUAGGCACUGUGUACAAAAUUGCGUAAGGGCAAUCAGCACGCGCGGACAAGUCGGGUUCGAUCGAUACCGCUUUGUUGUCUGCUCUAUAUAGUGCUUUUUUCAUUGCCUAUUGUCACGCUACUCAUGAAUGGUCUCUUUACCUCCUUGUAUUCAGAUCAUUUGCAAAGUGUAUAAUUACGACGAUAAUCCGUUUUGGGUGAAAUCACAGCAUACCAAAUACCUUUAUUUUCCAGAAUGAAUAAAAAAGGGUGAAUAUAUUCACUUGCAAGUACGAUGAUGAUGCUGCGCAACGAAAGUCCGAAACUAUAUUGUGAUUUUUGGCUUCUGGGCUUCAAGACGGUGGCCUCAAUAUUUCACUAAAAAUUGUCCUUGGUUUCUUCUUUUCAUAUAUUAUAGUUUGUAAUAAAAAAUAAUUUUGUUCCUGAA